ACAGUUUGUAAGUUGUGUGAAGCCAGUACAAGAGAAUUUUGAUAGGACUGAUGUGGAGAAACACUGUCAAGGCCUCAGAAUAGGCAAGUGAUGAGACUACUCCAACUUCAGAAACCAUCGGAGGUGUGGAAGAUGUUCCCAAUUUCCAUGAUUGGGUAGGAAAGCUGUUGAGUAUUACACCAAUGGAUGGUAGAUCUUGGAAGACCCUUUCCCAAUGUUUUGGUUGGAAAGUAAAAACUCAUGGAUUUGCUAUUCGAGGAGUUACUGCUGAGGCGGUUGUGGCUUCUCGUAUCUCUUUGAAAAGGGCUCAAGAAAUAAUUUUAGGCUCUUCAUCGAAAAGAAAAACCGUUGAUGACCAAGCUUCCGAAGAAAAGGAAGAUGGGGGUUCCUUGGUAACAAGGCCACGGGCUCGUAGGUGCAUUAUUUCCGAUGAUGAAGCAGAAGCAUCCCCCCGCCGUUCUAUUCCUCUUACUGAAUCUGUUGAAGUCCCGGUAGUGAUCCCUGAUGAUGUUGAUGAUGCUCCCGCUGCUGCUCAUGAUUCUUUUGAGCAGCUUUUUGACCGCGUGUUUGGUCGUGAAAGUUUAGGUCCCGUUUCUGAUGAAGCUCCCUUGGCUUCUUUUUCUCCUCCCGUGCAUGUGACUCUUACUUUGCUGAUUAUGGCUACUUCCGUUCCUCCCCAGGCUAUUUUUACUACUUCUACUAUUCCUCCUUCGACAAUUCCUCCUCCACCUACUCACCGUGCUGAGGUUGGCUCCUCAAGUAGGAGUGGUUCUAUGAGGCAAGUGAUUGUUGAAGUCACCGCUGAGGGAAACCUUUUAAGGAAAUCGGGUCAAGCAGAUGUGUGGCUAAAGCCUUUAAUUGGUCUUGUUGAGAGAGCCAGGCUAGAGAGCCAUUGUCCUUUGACCUUGAUGAAUGACAUUGUGCAUGCUUCUUUAAAGGCCAAUCUCAUCGGCACAGAGAUGAUGAAAAGGGUUACCCUCUCAGAGCAGCUAGUGCAUGAUUACCAAUUGGAGACAUAUAAUUGGAAUGAACAAUAUGAAAGUCUUCAGAUCGACAUGAAGUACUUAAAAGAAAGUAAAAGUACCUUGGAGCAGCAGGUGCGGGCUUUGACUUCGGAGUUGGCAGUUGAAAAAGCUUUCUCCAGUCAAGCAGACAAGGAAAAGGCUCGUCUUGAAACUUUUUUUUCCGAGCAGCUUUCCAAGGCAAGUGAAGAUAUUAGAGAGUUGAAGGUCUCUUGGAUGCAAAAGAAGCCUAUGCUGGUGAACUCGUGCAGAAUUUGACUCAAGUCCAAGAAGACCUCCGGGUUUUUUUCUGAUAAGGUUUGUUCCUUAGGAAAUUCCCACGCCUCUCUUCAAGCUUUUUAUGAAUCUGCCUUGGCUGAAAAUGAAAAGCUAAAGAAUGAAAUCACUGACUGGGAAAGAGAUUAUGAGAUCCUUGAAAAUAAGUUUGCCAUUGAAGUGAGUUGGGCGUUUUUGAAUUCUCGCCGUGAUACCCUUAUUGAAGCUAGCCAAGAGAAUUUUAACUUGGAAUUUGAGUUAGCUAAGAUCAAUGAAACUAUUGAGAAGACUCAGCAGAACCAAGAUUUUCCUUCUCCCGUGGCCGAAGCUUCCGCAAAUGUUGAAGAUGAUACGGGUAUCCACACUCCUUCAAGCCAAGUUGAACCCACUGCUGUUGAUGUACUUGCUUCAGUUCCUUCAUCUUCUCAGUGACAAGUUUAAGUUGUUUGAAUUCCUUUGUGUCUUUUUUUUUCUUUUUGGAAAAUUGUGGUUAGAACCUUGGUCUUAUUUGAGGGUUUGUUUUGGAAACUUAAGUCCCCAGACCUUUUAUGGGGCAAUAUGUAUAAACAAUUUUCAGUUUAUGACUAAGUUCAUACUUAGUCUAAGCUUUUUAAUAUUAAGAAAUUUUUCGUUACUAUUUGAACUUCUGUUUUGUUUA